AUAUUUUUUUUUUCUGUUUUUUUUUUUUUUUUUUGAAGUCGUGAUUUUGCUCUGCGGGAAAGAAAGAAACCUCGCAUUCUUCAAGCUAAUCUUCUUCUUCGUCGCUUCAGGCGGGUACGGGUAGCGAUCCGGUCACUGUUCAAGUCGGGGAUUCUAGGGUGUUUUACUUACUCUGCACUCUCCACCCUUCGCAGUUUCUGCGUCUCAUUGCUCUGAAGUGUUCUCGACCUCGAUUUGUCAUCGCGCAGAAGACUUCGUGUAAUUUGAUCGCAGGAGAGCUCUGGAACUCAAGUGGGCAGCCCAGAAAUUACUACAGAAUAGUGCUAGGAGAUUCUUUGAGAUAUUUGGUCAUGGCCAAGAAGAACAAGAACCCGGGAAGGGGAGGGUACUAUGGCAGUGCUUUUGGGCAGGCUGGUGAAUGCUCCGGUAGCUCAGGAAGAAUCGACGCAGAAGUUACUGGCUCGGAGGAUUCAAGUGCUCCGACGAGGAAAUCUAUUAGUUUGAAUUCUAGUAACCGUGACAGUUUUGGUGUGCCCAUACAAAUACUUCCCCUGUCAAACAUGCUGUCAUCAGAGAAGAAGGAUUUGAAACAUAGGUUGAAUAUGGAACUUGAACAGAUACGAAUACUUCGGAAGAAAUUUGAAAUGCAUAGAGCCAAUGGUGUUGCAGUGUCCUCUUCUAGUGAUAUCAUCAGCAAUGGCCAGAAUGGGCCGCAUGUCAAUAAUUUUAGAAAGUCGUCCACAAUGAUUUCUGAGCCAGGUAAAAGACUGAAUCCUGGGGCUUCAAAAGCACAGAAACGGAAUCCGGAAACUUCUGGGAGGUUUGACUCUAGGACUGCUAGUGUGAUUCUUAUGAAACAAUGUGAGGCACUAUUGAAACGGUUGAUGUCCCAUCAAUCCAGUUGGCUUUUCAAUGAACCUGUUGAUGUGGUGAAGUUGAACAUUCCUGAUUAUUUCACUGUUAUUAAACAUCCAAUGGACUUGGGUACAAUAAAGAGCAAGGUAGCUUCAGGAUCUUACUCAACCCCACUGGAGUUUGCUGCUGAUGUCAGGAUGACUUUCACCAAUGCUAUGACGUACAAUCCACCACAAAAUAAGGUCUAUAACAUGGCUGAUACUCUUAGCAAAUUUUUUGAAGUCAGGUGGAAAACCAUUGAGAAAAAACUGCCAAAGGCUGAUUGCCAACAACCGCCAACUAAAUCUGGUCCUCAUGAAGGCAUAGAAACUCCUAAACCAUUACCCCCCUCAAAAAAGAGGACUAUCACGUCAGUGCACAAUGAAGUCAAGUCUGAGCCUCCUAAGCGAGUAAUGACAACGGAGGAGAAGCUCAAUCUGAGCAGAGAGUUGGAGUCUUUGAUUGGAGAAAUGCCCUUACGCAUCAUUGAUUUCUUGAAGGAACAUAGUUCAAAUGGAAAGGACUCUGGUGAGGAUGAGAUCGAGAUUGAUAUUGAUGUUCUAAGUGAUGAUACCUUGUUCACAUUACGGAGGCUUUUAAAUGAGUAUUUGCAAGAGAAACAAAAGAACCAUGUAAGCGCUGAACCUUGUUCAAUGGAGCUUGUCAAUGAAUCAGGGUUGAGCAAUUCAUCCAUGCAGCCAUGUAAAGGGAAUGACCCGGCUGAUGAAGAUGUUGAUAUUGGUGGAAAUGAGCCUCCUGUCUCAAGCUAUCCUCCUGUAGAGAUAGAAAUGGAUACUGGCCGUAAAAGUAGUAAAGCCAUCAGCUCAAGCAGCUCCAGUGAUUCAGAUUCUAGCAGUUCUGAGAGUGAAUGUGAUGAUGUGAAGGCUGGAAGUCCGGUACCAGAAACUGUGGGUUCUGGAACUCAUUUAGAUGAAAAGACAACAAUUGAUAAUCCACUCGAAGGAAAUCAUUCUGAUAGUGGGUUGGAUCAAGUUGAACAAAGUUCCCAGCAGAAGCCAAGUCCUGUUGAGUCAGAUUGUUGCCAGCAUGGAGACAGUGCUCCUCCAGAGAGGUCAGUCUCCCCUGAGAAGCAGUACAGGGCUGCUCUAUUGAAGAAUCGUUUUGCUGAUACCAUUCUAAGAGCACGAGAGAAAACACUUAAUCAGGGUGAUAAAGAAGAUCCUGAGAAAUUGCGGAGGCAGAGGGAGGAACUUGAAUUGCAACAGAAGAAAGAGAAAGCGCGGUUACAAGCGGAAGCUAAGGCUGCUGAGGAUGCUCGAAGGCGAGCAGAAGCAGAAGCUGCAGCUGAGGCUAAACGGAAGAGGGAGCUUGAGAGAGAAGCAGCAAGGCAGGCAUUGAUGCAGAUAGAAAAGACUGUUGAAAUCAAUGAGAACUCUCGGUUUCUUAAAGAUCUGGAGAUGCUUAGAACUGCCCCUGCGGAGCAGCUACCGAGCUCUGUAGACGAAACGAGCCCUGAUCACUCGCAGGAAUGCUUAGGCGGCUUUAAGUUUGGGGGGAGUAACCCGUUGGAACAACUUGGCCUGUACAUGAAAGACGAUGAAGAGGAGGAAGACGCGGAUCCUGUAAGUAGUGUUCCUCCAAGUCCUGUAAGUGCUUCUAUAAGUCCUGUAAAUGAUAUAGAAGAAGGAGAAAUUGAUUAAAUCGUUUGCUGCUUUUGUACUCAUGGACGAACCAAGGGAGCACAAAAUAUAAUAUUUUGAUAAGAGGAUUGAAAAAGAAGAAAUGUCUGCGCACUUUUGUUGUUAA